CCGGAAGUGCAGCGCUGCACUCUGACGGCAGCGUUUACUUGUCAUUCAGACAUCCCGGGAAUCCAACGCGACAAGGAACCAGUCACCGCGGCUCAGACAUUUAUCCAUUUAACCUGCGUCCAGCGGAAUUAACCCAAAAACACAUCGAGCCGUUCAAACAGGGAGACAAGCGGCCGCUUCACGCGCUGCUGAAGCAUGCUGCUGUGAGGACCGACCAGAGCCUGCACUGCUGUUACCCUCUUCAUCCUCCAUCGUCAUCGUAUAUGAUCCUACAUGAGGAGAGCGGAGAAGCCCGAGGGCUACAGACAGAUGAGACCUAAGACCUUCCCCGUCAGCAACUACAAUGGCAACAGCCAGCAGAUGCUGCAGGAAAUACGCAACAGCCUGCGGAACCUGACCAAGCCCUCGGAUCAGCCGAAAGGGGACACCGGGGGACCUGGAAAGAUGGCCCCUGAAGAUCCACGGCAGCAGGGGCGCAGCGGGAACCUCAAAAACCAAUACCAGAAGGCUUUACAGGAGAUCCGCAAGUCCCUUGUUCCGUAUAAAGUGAACGGUUCUGGGGACGAGGAGUCCACCACGUCAGGUGCUGAUGGAAACAAGUCCCAGGACCAAUCUGGGUUUGAGGAGCCAUCCAGUGGACGCCGUGGGGGGGUUGCCUCAGACUACAUGUUAAAGCCGAGUUACCAGGACCCAAUGAGAGAUCAGAUGACUGCUUCCAGUUCAAACUCUUCAGCCCUGAAAGCCCCGGAAGCCUUCCACAUGCCGCAGGUGGUGCUGCGGAGGCCGAGCUGGAAAGGCUCCAUGGAGUCUUUGGGCUCUCGCCACGGCCCCAAUAUGGUGGACGGGAUGAUGUACCGCUCGGACAGCCCCGGACCCCCCCCUUCGUUCUCGCAGGCUCACCCGACUGCCAACCAGAGGGUCAACCCCCCCCUCCCUCCUCAGAUGCGCAGCGUCACACCUCCCCCCAACCGGGCCAUGCCACCUGCGCCGUCCUGGGACAACAACCCGCAGACUAACCGCCUCCCUGGAAAUAUGGAUUUCUUCCCCACCCGCAUAUCCCCGGUGCCUCAGGCCCCCUGGGCUGAUGGGUAUCCAACCCCCGCAGCCCCGAACCAGCGAGUGAUCGGCCCCGCCGCUGGAAGUCACCAGCCCAUCAUAAUGCAAAGCUCCGGGGGGAGCAAGUUCACCUUUCCCUCUAGCUGGACUCAGAGUGGUUCCUCCCAACCGGAGCAUGUGUCAGGGGGGAGCAGACAGCCCCCUCCCCCUUACCCUCUUACUCAGAGCAGCUCCACUGACCCCCAGGUGGGGGGACCCGCCUCGUCUCCUUCCUACAUCAACGGCGGCGGGAUCCCUCCAUCCCUGAUGAUCAGUAACCGGAACAGCCACAACCUGGAGAUGUACGGCAUUGCCCCCCAGUCCUGGUCCCAGAGCCAGCCCCCGCCUGCCAACUGCAACAGCAACCAGGACCUGUCCCCGUCGUGGCAGCACAACGUGCCCGUCCGCUCCAAUUCUUUCAACACCCCCCAGCUGAACGGUAGGCCUGCUCACCCCGCCAGCUCCCAGCCCUCUGCCACCACCGUCACCGCCAUCACGCCGGCCCCCAUCCUGAACCCCGUCAGGAGCACCAAAGUCCAUAAACCCGAGCCUCAGACAGCUGUCGCCCCCACGCACCCUCCCUGGAUCCAACAGGGGGCGCUGCCGGGACCUACAUACUCGGAGCCCUCCCUCCCCGUUUCCCAGGCUCCUGUUGAGGCGCCUGGCUAUCAGGGCCCUCCCCCGCCCUACCCCAAGCACCUCCUACAGCCAGCGUAUGUUGUUGGCACCAACAAGCUGAGCAGAGAGGAGGCGGCAGAGGAGGAGGCAAGUGGCGAGAACUCCAGAGAGAAGGCGCCAGAAAACCCUGAAACUGCGGCAGCAGAGAAGGAGAGGAAGCAGAUCACCACCUCGCCCGUCCCCGUCCGCCGCAACAAGAAGGACGAGCCCAGGGGGGAGUCCGGGAGGGUGGCACUGUACUCCCCCCAGGCCUUCAAGUUCUUCAUGGAGCAACACGUGGAAAACAUCCUGAAGAACCACCAGCAGAGGAUCCGGAGGAGGAAGCAGCUGGAGAGCGAGAUGCAGCGGGUGGGGUUGUCCUCAGAAGCUCAGGAGCAGAUGCGGAUGAUGCUCUGCCAGAAGGAGUCCAACUACAUCCGCCUGAAGCGCGCCAAGAUGGAGAAGUCCAUGUUCAAGCAGAUCAAGACUCUGGGCAUCGGGGCCUUCGGUCAGGUGUGCCUGGCCAGAAAAGAAGACACGGGGUCGCUGUACGCCAUGAAGACCCUCCGCAAGAAGGACGUUCUCCUGAGGAACCAGGUGGCGCAUGUGAAGGCUGAGAGGGACAUCCUGGCGGAGGCAGACAACGAGUGGGUGGUGCGGCUCUACUACUCCUUCCAGGACAAGGACAACCUGUACUUUGUCAUGGAGUACAUCCCCGGGGGGGACAUGAUGAGCCUCCUCAUCCGGCUGGGCAUCUUCAAGGAGGACCUGGCGCAGUUCUACAUCGCCGAGCUGACCUGCGCCGUGGAGAGCGUCCACAAGAUGGGCUUCAUCCACAGAGACAUCAAGCCGGACAACAUCCUUAUCGACCGAGACGGACACAUCAAGCUGACAGACUUCGGCCUCUGCACCGGUUUCCGCUGGACGCACGACUCCAAGUACUACCAGAGCGGAGACCACGUGAGGCAGGACAGCAUGGACUUCAGCAAGGAGUGGGAGGAGUCUGCCAACUGCCGCUGCUCAGACCGCCUGAAGCCGCUGGAGAGGAGGAAGGCUCGGGAGCACCAGCGCUGCCUGGCCCACUCCCUGGUGGGAACGCCCAACUACAUCGCCCCAGAAGUGCUGCUCAGAUCAGGUUACACGCAGCUCUGCGACUGGUGGAGCGUGGGCGUCAUCUUGUACGAAAUGGUGGUGGGACAGCCGCCGUUCUUCGCCAACACCCCAUUGGAGACCCAGAAAAAGGUGAUCAACUGGAAGACCACGCUGCACAUCCCCCCUCAGGCCAAGCUCAGCCCCGAAGCGUCUGAUCUCAUCGUCAAACUGUGUCGCGACCCCAAAGACCGCCUCGGCACCAACGGCGCUGACGAAAUCAAAGCCCACUCUUUCUUCAGGACCAUCGACUUCUCCAGUGACCUCAGGCAGCAGGUGGCGCCCUACAUCCCCACCAUCGCCCACUCCAUGGACACCUCCAACUUCGACCCUGUGGACCCGGACAAACUGCGGAGCAUGGACAGCGAGAACAACCACAACGACACGCUGACGUCGCUGUUCCGCAACGGCAAGCAUCCCGAGCACGCCUUCUACGAGUUCACCUUCCGACGCUUCUUCGACGGCUACGGACACCCGUACAGCUGCCCCAAACCCAUCGAGUACGAUGAGGACUGCGAGGGUGUGCCCCCAGACGCGCAGGGCCAGGAGCAGGUCUACGUGUAGCGGUUCACGUCACGUGACAAAAGCCUGUUUCUACUUUAUUUCAUGAGGAAAAACUGGAGUCUGAGCUCACGUCUGGCUGUUCUGCUUUUGUCCCACACUGACCCUUCUAGGACAGACUGUCAGUAGAUGUUAGAAGUUCCUUAGUUUCAGAAUCUCCGUCUGAUAUCAGCCUCUUCCGCCGGACCCUUAAACCCCGCCCCCACAUUCAGGAACAAUCUACGGUUCAAAAGUGAAUCGGCGUGCUCUUAAACCCCCAAACGACUUAAUUUAUUUAAAGCUGUAGAUACCGCUUGUGUAUGAGAAUUGCGUUUAUCUGAGGAAUGUUCAGAAGUUGUCCUAAUUUAUAUUAAAAUGCGUUUCCAUGGGGAUUUCAUAGCAGGGAGGAGUGGUUCCUAUGAUUCUUUGCUGUGCCUUUUGUUUUGAUUCUGUGGUUUUACCAAAUAUUACGAAGGUUAAUAAUCAGACUGGCAUUUAAAUGAGUAGCAGUAGCUGAUCGUACUACACUAGUCUUAUUUUUCUAAUUUAUACUUAAAGUGUAUUUAUAAAUGAAGUUGUAAACAGGUUGUACAUAGCCCCGCCCUCUUCUUUCUAGACGGGCCAGUGUCUGUCUCUGACAGGAACUUUGAACUUUUUUCAUCAACCAAAGCACUAAAAAUGUGGGUUUGGAGCCCCAAUAAACCUGCAGGUGGAGUAAACACUAUGAAUUAUGGGUAAUCACACUUUUUUAGCACCUGAUGAAAGGUAAACUCUUCCUCGUGUGUGGUUGGGGGGGUGGGGGGGUGUUCUUGCUGUCCUCUUUAGGAAACAUCUGAAUGUAGUUGUCACGGCGACGCCUCGCCCCGCACUGCUUUUGUUUGCGUUGUUAAAGUUUAUUUUUUGUACAUGUGAUUCUGGGAUGAGGGGUCAGAAAUAAACAGAUUUGAAAGGUU